CAUCUACGUAUCUUUGAUUUUGACAGUUAACAUAACCUCAAUUUUAUAAAUUAAUAAUUUUUACCGAAAAUGCAUAAAAAUAAAGGUUCCAAAUAUCGUAACAAAAGUAAACCCGCCGUUGGGGAUAAGGCCCGUGAAACUUUAGAAAAUAUUGACGAUAACAACCCCGUUAUACAAUUAUUCAAAGGAUACGCUGCCGAAUUGGAUGAUAAACACGAUAGAUACGAACGAAUUGUUAAAUUGAGCAGAGACUGCACCAUUGAGAGCAAAAGAAUAAUAUUUUUACUACAUAAUGUCAACACUGAUAUUGAAAGUAAGAGAGUUACAGUAUUAAACGAAGCACAAGAAAGACUAAAUGCUUUGAUCAACACCCAUUUCAAAAGUAUUGCAUUAGAACUUAAAGGUCAUGAUUCUUAUUUGUACACGAGAGCUUAUACAAGUGGUGUCCAAGAAUUUAUAGAAGCUUACACUUUCUACCAGUUCAUAUUAAGUGAAAACAUUGGGGACUGGAAAAGUUUCGAUGCUUUGUUUAAGUAUAGUGAUGAAGAAAAUGGCGAGUUUUCUUUGUUGUUUACACAGAAUGACUACAUUUUGGGACUGGGGGAUUUAACAGGGGAGUUGAUGAGGAGAUGUAUUAACACUCUUGGAGUAGGGAAUACCAGUGAAUGUUUUAAGCUUUGUAACUAUGUUAAGGCUAUAAACACCGGGUUUAUAGGGCUCAUUGCUCCAGGAAACAAAGAACUCGGUAGGAAAGCCUACACCCUAAGACAAAGUUUGUCAAAGAUGGAGUUGGUGUGUUAUAACAUUCAAAUAAGAGGUCAGGAGAUUCCAAAACACAUGUUGAUGAGUGUUAUUGAAUCAUCCGAUGUUAAGGAUGAUGAUGAUGAAGGAUAUUAUUAAGGAGACUUUCUUCACCCUUAAGAGUGAUUUUUUUUAUAAUGCAAGAUUUUGUAUCCUUGGAAUAUGGUUAAUUUAAUAUUUUUUCAUAAAAAAUAUUGUUUAAUAAUAAAAGUUCGUUUUUUAAAAAGUA